GAAAUGUCCAAUUAUAUAAGACAGUUUCAAAUUUUUGAAGUUAAUUAUACAACGGAUGAAAAUAGUACAUUUAGAUAUAUAAACAAAAAUCUUCAAUUACGUUCUCAUUUUAAUGAUAUUUAAGAUGUCUAUCAGUGCAGAUAGGUUAAUUCAGGAUGAAUACGAAAACCAGUUUUUUGAUAUGAGCUCAACGGAUUUAUCACAAAGAUUUAGGCAAGUCGUACAAAAAAUAAUUCAAAGCACUCUAGCUGAUCUUGAAAAGGAAAUUUUAAAAACUGGAGAGUAUAAUAAAAAAGAUGAUGAAAAUGUUCAGGAUAGAAUUAAUAAACUGUACACUCUUUAUAUGAAUAGUGCAAAAAUACCUUUGGACAAAUUUGAAGAAGAAUCAAGAGAAAUAUUUGCAAUAUCUUCAAAUAUUCUAUUUAAAGAAGACUUAUUGAAAGUAGAAAAUGUAACAGAUAACGAUAUUCAAAAUUUGAAGGAAGAAGUAUUGAAUUUAGAAAAAGAACUAAUCAGGGAAAAAGUUUUUCUUGCUAAAUGCCAACAGAUGAAAGAAGUUUUUGAUACAAAUAUUAAUCCCAUUGUUAAAAAAAUGGACAAUAUUAUGGCAGCGGCUAAUAGAAGUCUACAAAAAUCAACCAGAAACGAAGAAACAAGGAUUAUAGAUUUAUAUACAUCAAGAGUUCAAUGUUUUGGAAACAAUGAUGCUGAUAUUUCAUUUAUUGGUCACAGUAUUCCUAAAAAACGAUGUUUUACUGAUUUAUGAAAAAGUUAUUGAUAUAUAAUACAAUAAAGAUACAGAAAAUAAGUAAUAAAAAACCAUAUUUUUAAAACAUUGACACUUUUAAUUUUAAAAAGAAUAAAAUCUAAUUUUUUUCAGUUAUAUAUAUAUAUAUAUAUAUAUGACUUCUACUCAAGUAUAAUUGUAUUGGAAUAAUCUUAACAAGAAAUUCAUCAUAGUUUUGGAGCACCAGUAUGCACCAGAGAAGAAACCGUACCAGAACCACAACUAUUACUAGAAUCUAUUAUAACAAAUCAGGUUUUCUUAAUGGAUUUAUUUGGACUACAAUGAAUUAACAGACUUUGAUUAUAUCAAUCAACAUGGUUUGAAAUAGCAACAGAAACAUCCAUCUUAUAUAUUGUACUUUCUCUCCACUUCUUUUGGUCUUCUACUAUUUCCCUCCACCGUUUUUUUGGUCUAACUCUUUUCCUCUUGCCUGGUAUCUUCCAUGCAACUCUUUUUAAGGAUUUGUCUGUGUCCAUUCGUUCUAAGUGACCUAGCCACUGUAACCUUCUCUUUAUAAACAUUUUGAUUGGUGACUUAUUUAAAAGUGUGUAAAUCUUAUGGUUUGAUCUUCUCUCCCAUUCUAACCCUGUCUGCUUUCCUCCAAAAAUUCGUCUUAGUAUUUUUCUCUCCCAGAUUUCCAAUUUCUGUUUAGUUUUAUUCGUCAUUAUCUAAGUUUCAAGGGUGUAUGUCAGAGUGGGUCUCAAAAUUGUCUUUCGUAGUUAAUAUGUUAAUACAUAUUCUUCUAAGGCUGCUUGCACAGCUGUUACUUUUGGCAAUUCUUAGUUCGAUUUCCUUCUCUUCUUCGUAUUUAUUAUCUAGUAGUACACCCAAAUACUUGAAAUUUUCUACUUCCUCGGAUUCUAUUAACGUCCCAUCAUGUACUUUUUAAUUAUUUUUUGUCUUGCUCUUACAUUUAUUCUUUAUUUAUAAAUAAUUGUUAAUAAUCUUAUUAGAGGAAUUACCAUUGAACAGCUGCGAGAUAUGAGACUUUCUCCAUAUAAUACAUUUUGGAUAUUGUUUAGUUGAAUGAGGUGGAUUUUUUGAAUCCUUUAUCUUUAUUACACAUUAAUCACAUGUACAAGUAUUUGUUGGAAUAAAACAAAAAUAUAGUAAGA